AUGACAAGGCGCAGCGUUUACACCACCACAACGAGUAUUCAAGAGAAAACGGACCCUACAAAAAGUGUCACAUUAUUUCACAACGGUGCUGGGUCGCUCCAGAGACCGUUGUUAUGUGCGCAGUUUCCUCCACUAUGGAAAUCAAUGCAGGAGCGCCCGCCACUGAAGUGGAUCACUGAGGGAUCAAAGUAUUCGGCACGGCUCUCAGAUAUCCCAAUGACCCGGGAGAACAAUGUGCCUGCAUUUUAUCACACUCCGUGCGAAACCUUGGUGUGGGAUGUCUUCAAGUUCUGGGGUCCUGUCGACACUAUUGCUCCAUUGCUCGCUCCUAAACUUCGUCGGGAGAUGUCGUCGCUGGCUAUUUUACCUCCCCUGCAAGAGUUCUUAACAUGGCUGGAGAGCAACAAAAUACCGUUCCACGAGGACGACCUCGCUGACUGGACUGUCCGCUUCAAAGCAGCAACACGCAAGUUCAAAGUUGCGCUGCGAGGAGACGAGGCUCAGGGAGAAGACGCACUCAGACAGAAGGCAGCAAUUAUGAAUGUGUGGGUUACUCUGGGCGCACGCGGAACGCCAAAAUAUUUCACGUGGUUGGGCAGUGCAUUUCCCAGCUUCGCAAACAUGGUGGCUCAUGCUGUUGUAGCACAGGACCAGACAGAUAAUACUAAUUCAUCAAGCGAAGCGCACUCUCCAAUCGUUGAGUCCACAAGUCUGACAGUCGGAGGAGGAUCUUCCACUGGAAGCAACCAGGUCGCUACUAUACCUGACGUUCAGGCUCAUCGUGAGGGACGCUCCAUGGCACACGGCGUUUCCGGGAAAAGGACUGCGUCGGAAGCGAGCUUGACGGAAAGUACUCAUGCCACAGACGAGUCGACUCCACAGUGUGACAACUGCAAGCAAUGGCCAAAGGAUGAAGAGUCGUGUGAAAUUGAGUUGGGCUCGUCUGCCUGCCGACAGAUUGCCCAGGGCAAGUCAUGCUGGAACUUUGGAGGCCAGCACGACAAUGACCAAGCCGAGGAUUCCAUCGGAAACGCUUCGUUGUACGACGCUGCGUCGGACGAAUUGCGAUAUGUGAAGGCGCAAAUCGUCGUGCUCAGCCAUCGGAAACGGAGUGGCGCGACACGCAAAGUUGACACAAACUCCCUGAAAACACAACCAUCUGUCAUUUCGUAUCGAUCUUCUUCAGAAAUACUAGGACUGCGACGUAAAGUAGCCCCAGAUGACCUCGCGCUAGAUGCAUAUCUUGCGACACUGCUACAAGGGAAAUCACAAUGCAUAUACGUAGUUAUCGUCACAAGAAUAGUCCCUGGGGUGGACGUCGUCUACUCACUGGACUUCCAUCGGGGCAGAGGGUUGAUAUUGGCAAGUAACGUGAUCAAUUUCGAGGGAGAUUUCAUCAACUUUGAUUGCCACGGUCACCAUCCAUUCAUGUCCAAUGAUCAAGGGCGCGACACGCCUGACUCCAAGCUGGCUAGCUUUAUAGCUGCAAAUCCCUGCCCCCGCGACAUUAAAUUACUUCCACAAUGGAUAGAAACAUUCUGUGAUACCCUGAGACUCUAUAAAUGGAGGACAAGGAUGGUUCCUCGCAACGAGGUGCUCUGGACGGAUGUAAUGCAAGCACUCGAACCAGUCGCUCACAGAGUGAAGGGGAAGCUUCGCAUGUGGGCCGAGUGGAACUUUUCGGAACUAGUUGAUGCUGCGCGACGACACGAUAGAUUGUGCGGCGUCUGCGACAGUGAUGAUUCAGGCACUGUCGAAGACGCUCUAGAGAUGGAUAUCGACGAAAUGGUCAGUCGCGCGUAUGAGGCUUAUGAACGGAACGACGCGGUACACGGAAGUCUUAUGUGCGAGAAAUGCGAUUACGACGAGCAGAAAUGUCUGUGGGAUGGAUUCUCAAUGUCGGACAGGCACUACAAAGGAAAAGAGUCACAGAGUGUGUCAAAUUGCCGUAACAUGUUCAUUGCCAAUCGACAUGGUGGGCACAUCGACAGUAUCGCGGUACUUGACAACCACACUGUCAGACCAAGUGAGCUGGGUCCUGUUCAUGACGGGGGUGACAGUAUUCGUAGUGCCGCAGAAAUGGAGCUUAAGUCGGUCCGACAAAACAUUCAGAGGUUGGAGGAGCAGGCCACAGGGAUCAGAUACAUAGUUUCGCAACUCGGAGGCACUGUGGAUGUUGACUAG